CAAAUGCCAGACCCGUCGCCAGCCUCUCAACCUGACAUUGACAUCAAUGAAGACCUUGGAUAUGAUGGAUAUUCAUCAAAAAGACCAUGUCCAAUAGAGGAUUGUGAGGCAUCAGUCACCCUUGCAGACCAUGGCUAUGCUUUACGGCCGCGUCAAACAAAGAAAUUAAGGAAAUCGUUUAUCUAUCCGUCCUUGGUACCGAAUAUCAGAAAACGAUUCUGUGUGUGUCAGCAAUUCAAUGAUGGUCGGCUGUACUGGCAGUGCGAUGGAUGUGAUCAACAUUUUCAUCCUGGAUGCGCCGGUUUGUUACCAUGGAAGGAACCAGACAAUUUCUACUGUCCCAGCUGCAAGGUGAACUUCAGUUUUAGAGUAAAAUGACACAAAGGCCAAAAAUGGCCCCAUGCAGUCAUUUUACAAAAUGAUAUUUGCGACUGAAAGGCAGCCAA